GUCCCUGGCUCACCGUGUGUCUCCUCUCUCGCAGGGCACGGGGCGGCAACGCCCGCAGGGAAGCCUGGACCAUGCUGGCCUGCCUGCAGAGGACCCAGAACCCCCCAGCCCAGCACCUCCCCUGCCCCAACAAGGCGCUGGAGCCACGCAAGUGCGAGGCGGCCCCCAUGCAUUCCCCGCGCUACCCCAGCCCCGCCGAGCUGGACGCCUACGCACAGAAGGUGGCCAACAGCCCGCUGACCAUCAAGAUCUUCCCCACCAACAUCAGGGUCCCCCAGCACAAGCACCUUAACCGGACGGUGAACGGCUACGACACCACGGGGCAGAGGUACAGCCCCUACCCCCUGCACGCCGGCGGCUACCAGGGGCUGCUGGCCAUCGUCAAAGCCUCCGGCAAAAGCGUGGUGAAGAACUCGGAGGGGAAGCGGACUAAGCUCUCGCCCGCCCAGGUGGGCGUCGCUCCCUACCCCGCCUCAAGCACUUUAGCUCAAGGUCCCUCCUGCGCCGGGCAGCUGAGCUACCACGGCGGCCAGAAGCAGCUGGAGGGUCCCGUGCCCCCCAACGUGACGGUGGCGGCCUCGGUGCUGCCGCUGGCGGGCAGGAGCCUGGCCCUGCCUCCCUCCAACCUGCCCUCCAUCCAGAGCAUCAUCUACCAGAUCAAUCAGCAGUGCCAGGCGCAGGGUGCCCAGCCCGGCUGCCCGGCAGUCGUGGCAGCCCACCCCAGCCCGGCCAAGCACGGCGCCUUCGGCCCCGGCUACGGCGGCACCGUCCUGCCCGAGUGCCGCAAGGGCGCCGAGCUGGCGCUGGGCUCCAACCCGGCCGCCGCCCUGGGACCCAAGGCGGGCGUUUACCCCGAGGGCAUGGACUACCUGGUGUGGCAGCAGAAGCAGCAGCAGCAGCACCUGCGAAUGUACAGCGGGGGCAGCGGCGGCGGGGGGGCUCUCAGCAAAUCCCCCGAGACGUGCGCGGGCGCCUCGCGGCCCUACGGCCUGGGCGGCGCCGCCGACAAGGUGAGCUCGUCCCCCUUGAACUGCAUGCACGGCAACUUCGCGGUGGGGCAGUACUUCGCUCCCCCCUGGAACAGCAUCCUGGUGACCCCCAACAGCGACUGUUACAACCCCCCGGAGCUGGGGGCCGGGCCCCGCGAGCUGGGGGUGCCCCCGGCCGACGGGCUGCCCAGCAAGACCCUCUGCAAUACCUCCAUCCUCAGCAGCAGCCUCCAGUCCCUGGAGUAUCUCAUCAACGACAUCCACCCGCCCUGCAUCAAGGAGCAGAUGCUGGGCAAGGGCUACGAGACCGUGUCUGUGCCAAGGCUCUUGGACCACCAGCACGCCCACAUCCGCCUGCCCGUCUACAGAUAAGGGACCGAUGCUGCUCUUCCCAAACCCAGGGCGAGGACUUUGGCGCGAGCUGCGGGCACCGGACCGCGGCAGCGAGGGCAGGGGGACAGGGAGGGGGACGCGGGAUCGGCGGCCGGAAGGGCUCCCGGGACGCUGGCAUUGCACCGGGGUCCCCAGACUGGACACACCCGCGACCCGCUGGAAGCCGAGGCCGAAGGACCGCUUGUCUAUAUAGCUCAGAAAUCAUUUUAUCUCCACGAAUGUGAACAGGGAAUUGCUACGAGUUGCUGCUAUCCAGGGAGGGGAGGCUCUGCCGCGCUGGCGGUGCCCAGAGCGGGGCAGAGCCCGGUGUCGUGGCCGGCUGGGAGGCUCCAGGGUGGGUC